UGCACCCCACCCUCCACUCGGUCGUCGCGGCCCCCACAAAGUACAACGUCCAAAGUCGAAGUCCACCGCCCUGAGGACUCCGUGGCUGGCCAGCCCAGAUCUUCCACGCUGCAGGCUCAGUGGGCGUGGCGUGCCGAGUCGCAGUGGCUUCGGGACAAGAUCUCUGGCAGUCACGUCCUAACUUUCAGACCUCUGCAGCCAGUCACCUGUCUACAAGGUCUUGCUCAGUGGGAGAGGAAGACUAAAAGCCACGUGACCGCGCAGCACACACACCUUCCCAGAUUGAGAAGAAAUGUUGAGACUCGAAUAAAGCUCUCUUGUAUGCCCCACAAGUCCGCCAUGGGUGUUGGGAAGUCUAAACUAGAUAACUGCCCCCUUUCUUGGCAUAAAAGACACAGUGUGGAUACAGAUCAAGACUGCCAUGAGUCAGAGACCGGGAAAUUGAAGGAUGUGUCCUUGCAAGGUUUUGUGGAGCAUGGCAAUAAAACAGGACAGCCAACAGGAGAGCAGGAGGGAGCUGAGGCAAAGGGAGAGAUGCCUGAGGAGGACGCUGAAGAAGAAGUGUUCCUCAAAUUCGUGAUACUGCAUGCAGAACAUGACACAGAGGAGGCCCUCAGAGUCCAGGAUCUACUGCAAAAUGACUUUGGUAUCAGGCCUGGAAUAAUUUUCGCCGAGAUGCCGUGUGGCAGAAUGCACUUGCAGAAUCUAGAUGAUGCUGUAAAUGGGUCUGCUUGGACGAUCUUGUUACUGACUGAAAACUUUCUAAGAGACACCUGGUGUAACUUCCAAUUCUACACUUCCCUGAUGAAUUCUGUGAACCAGCAGCACAAGUACAACUCCGUCAUACCCAUGCGGCCCCUGAACAGCCCUCUUCCCCGGGAAAGGACUCCCUUGGCGCUACAGACCAUCAAUGCCUUAGAAGAAGAAAGCCGAGGCUUUUCUACGCAAGUGGAGAGGAUUUUCCAGGAUUCUGUGUACGAGCGGCAGCAAGCUGUGUGGAAAGAAACACGAAGUGUGUUGCGAGGACAGUUCAUUGCCUGAGACGAAGCACACACCCGGCUGGCUCCUGUUCUGUAAACAAAAUGAUUCAUCCUCACUUGAGAAAGCAGUGUCUCAGAAAUGCUUCCAUUUGAGUGGGUCUGCUUCCAAGAAAUCUGUAGAGCGCAAGAAAGGUACAUUUCUGCAGGCCUAGGAUUGUAGAAGUCUCUGAUGGUAAACUCAAGAUAGUCAGUUUCUAGCACUUUUUUUUUGUAGUUUUCAUAGUUCAUGAAUAUUCUUAACUCAUUUCUUUUGUUGAACCGUGAACAGGUGUGUAUGAUAGACAUUUUCAAAAUUCGAAGUUAAAAAUCCUAAAAAGACAUGAAGAAAAUGGCUCCGACCGUGAGAGGUCUACCUUCCUUCCUACUUCCAUCGUGAAUGUUACCGAAAAGCAUCCUGGUGCCGCCACCUAGAAACGUGGAUGGCCAGAUUGGGACAUGCGCAGUGUGGAUGCACACAAGUUGUAGAUCAGAAGCAGAUGUCAGAACGGUCAGGCUUUUGAAAAUAAUCCAGCCACAUGUGGUUUUGUUUCUGCUGGAGUUUGGAACCAGUUCCCGCCACAAAUUAGCAAUCCUUUUGAGAGUGUGGUAGCUGGGGACUCUGUGGAGCUGUCCCCUGACCUUGUUAGUUGCCAUCUGUAACCAGGGUUUUAUUUGCAGAGCUUGUGAAUGGUAUGUGAUUCACUAGCUGUUUGCUUUUAAAAAUCAAUAACCUCUUAGGUUAGCCUUUAGAAAUGUCCCUCACACACAGUGUUUGACUUGGGGAGGCUUAUCUAGGGGUGGUCGGACUGUGAGUGUGUGUGUGUGUGUGUGUGUGUGUGUGUGUGUGUGUGUGUGGUGUGAUGUG